AUGUACGCCAGAUCGCCACUUAACAUCUAUACGGGACGGGAACCUGACCACUAUUACAACGGUGGAUUGGAUAAUAUCAGCUCAGUUAACUCGUUUAGCAGCAACAAGCAAUAUUCCGACCCCAGAGAAAUCUAUUCCCAUGACUCCCGACCCAAGAUGAAGGAAGAAUCAUAUACGAACAGAAACAGCUAUGGAGAACGAUAUCUGGAAUCAGGGAAAUCAUCCGAAAGUCGUCCAAGUCACACUGGAACUACCAGUGAAACGGGAUCCGAUGGUAAACCUUCCAGAACUUACAAACGAGUUGCUGUACGCUUUGCUGAAAGAACAUCCCUCCAGGGAAUACCUUAUAUAAACAUUUCCAAAACUUGGUAUGCUAAAGCAGCAUGGACUCUGAUUUUUCUCGGUGCCACUGGAGGCAUGAUUUACCAUCUUUACUAUUUGUUUUCUAUUUAUCUGGAGUUUGAUGUCAAGACUCAGGUGGCUUUAGGAUUUGACACGUUAGCGUUUCCGGCUGUGACUGUAUGUAAUGUGAACCCUAUAAUGAAACGCCGACUACAUUUAGCCAGUCAAGAACUACGGGACAUUGUUGAUGAGGUGGACCCAGAGAAGGUUACAGACCUUUAUAAGCCGCCUAGGCCAAAUCAAGGUAAUCCACCACCUAGACCUAAUAUACGCCAAAAGAGAUUUUUAGACAAAAUUCCUAAACGCCUACCCCCACCGAAGCGUGUUGAAACCGAGCAGGAAUAUUUUGAUGAUGAUGAUUGGGAAAGAGUUGGCGAUUAUGAUGAUGCAGAUGCUACCUAUCUGGAAUUUAUCUCGCUGUACAAUAACUUUUCAAGACAAGAACGAUUUGAAAUGGGCCAUAAAAUGACAAAUAUGCUGAUCAAGUGCUCGUUUUCUGGUCGAAGUUGCUAUGCAGAGAAUUUUACGCGAGUCUCUGACCCCCAUUAUGGAAAUUGUUUUACAUUGGAAUCAAGAUUGUUUAAAAGUCGCCGUAGUGGUCCUGGAUCUGGUUUAGAGUUGAUACUCUUUUUAGAAAAUCACGAGUACAUUCGCGGUAUAACUAACAGUAAUGGUGCCCAAGUCAUGGUCCAUGAUGUCGGAGUUCUACCGCAGCCUUAUGAAGAUGGAUUUGCUGUUUCGGGUGGUGAUGAAACAUAUAUUGGGGUUAAACUAGUACGCAUCAGUCGUAUGAGUAGUCCAUUUGGAAUAUGUAAUGAUACUCAACAGUUUAAAAAUCGCUAUGGAAUCAAAUAUUCUCGUUCUGCAUGUCAAGCAAUCUGUGAAGCUGAAGCUACCAUAAACGAGUGUCAAUGUGCCGAUACCAAAAGAGAGGAGACUUAUUUAAAAAUGGGAAAAUAUCGGUCAAUACCCAAUAUAUGUACUACUGACGAUGAAGUAUUAUGUCAAUUUAGAGUGACUAAAAAAUUCGAAUCGAACAGAUUAAAGUGUGAUUGUCAAGACCCUUGUCAAGAAGUGAAAUAUGCGAAGUCAAUUUCAUCCAGACAGUGGCCCUCUGAUGACUACGCUGACAUGUUAUUUCAAGUUUUGUGUCAUAAUGAAGGGGAAGAAGUUUGUAAAGAAUUUGAACAAACCGAUAAAAGAACUUUAUCUCAAAAUUUUGUGAAAGUGAAUAUAUAUUUCGAAGAUUUGAAUUAUCAGAAUAUUACAGAGACACAAGAUUAUGAGUUUGCCCAGUUUAUAUCAGAUGUUGGUGGUACAUUGGGUCUAUGGAUUGGAAUAUCGGUAUUAACUGUUAUGGAAGUUAUUCAGUUUGUAGUAGAACUAUUUCACCACAUGUGUUGUGUUUUACCUAAAAGGAGAUCCAAUAUGCAGCCACAAAAAUCUUACCAGAAGUAA